AUGGAGGAGCGCGACGCGGAAGAGGGCCCGGGCGUGCCCGACAUGACCAUGAUGCCGGAGAUCACGGAGGCCGCCAUCAACGACAACCUCAAGAGGCGCUACAUUCACGACUUGGUCUACACAUACACCGGUUCCAUUCUGGUCGCUGUGAAUCCGUACAAGGAGCUGGGAUGUUACACAAUGGAGCACAUGCAAAACUACCGCGGAAAAGCGUUCGGCAGCAUGCCGCCUCACGUUUUCGCACUAGCAGAGUCCGCAUACAGCUCACUACAGAACGGUGAGAAAAAUCAAUCAGUGGUGAUAUCUGGCGAGAGUGGCGCCGGCAAGACGGAGACCACGAAGCUCAUUUUACAGUACCUGUGCGCGGCUGGUGGCCAGGCCACCUGGGCUGAGCAACAGAUCCUCGAGGCUAACACAGUUCUCGAGGCUUUUGGCAACGCGAAAACCGUCCGCAACGAUAACUCCUCGCGCUUCGGCAAGUUCGUCGAGGUCCGACUUGACCACAGAGGAGGCAUCAGGGGCGCUGUACUGCGUGACUUCCUUCUUGAACGGGCUCGUAUCACCGGCCCGGCUCCCAGGGAGACCAACUACCACGUCUUCUACCAGCUAGUUGAGGGCGCCAAGUACAACGCAGAGCUGCGCACCAGCCUGCGGCUGCGGGACGAUGUGCAGUACAAGUACCUCCGCAUGGACGACGUGGAGGCGCACAAGGGGCGGGGCGGGGAGCAGGGCAAGCUGGAGGCGCUGCAGCUGGCGCUCACCGUCCUCCAGGUGCCGCCGCACAUGUGCGAGGGCCUGUUCAAAGUGCUCGCGGCCGUGCUCUGGCUCGGCAACAUACAGUUCCAGGACGUGGAUGGGGAGCGGAGCGCUUUGUGCCCGGAGGACGCGGAGGCGGUGGACGCGGCGGCCAGCCUGCUCGGACUAGCGCCGCCCACUGCGCGGAGGGUGCUGCUCGAGCGGCAGAUCAACGUGCGCGGGAACGUCACCGACAUACCUUUACGUCUGCCGGAGGCGCGCGAGAACCGGCACGCGAUUGCGCGCGCCCUGUACGCGCGCACUUUCGCGCCACUUCACAAAGCAAGUCGUUGCAUAAUUUUGCGCACUAACACUCGGCUUUCCAAAGUGGCUCCGGCGCCGUGUGUCGCGCGCGAGAACCGGCACGCGAUGGCGCGCGCCCUGUACGCGCGCACUUUCGCGCCACUUCACAAAGCAAGUCGUUGCAUAAUUUUGCGCACUAACACUCGGCUUUCCAAAGUGGCUCCGGCGCCGUGUGUCGCGCGCGAGAACCGGCACGCGAUGGCGCGCGCCCUGUACGCGCGCACUUUCGCGCCACUUCACAAAGCAAGUCGUUGCAUAAUUUUGCGCACUAACACUCGGCUUUCCAAAGUGGCUCCGGCGCCGUGUGUCGCGCGCGAGAACCGGCACGCGAUGGCGCGCGCCCUGUACGCGCGCACUUUCGCGCCACUUCACAAAGCAAGUCGUUGCAUAAUUUUGCGCACUAACACUCGGCUUUCCAAAGUGGCUCCGGCGCCGUGUGUCGCGCGCGAGAACCGGCACGCGAUGGCGCGCGCCCUGUACGCGCGCACUUUCGCGCCACUUCACAAAGCAAGUCGUUGCAUAAUUUUGCGCACUAACACUCGGCUUUCCAAAGUGGCUCCGGCGCCGUGUGUCGCGCGCGAGAACCGGCACGCGAUGGCGCGCGCCCUGUACGCGCGCACUUUCGCGCCACUUCACAAAGCAAGUCGUUGCAUAAUUUUGCGCACUAACACUCGGCUUUCCAAAGUGGCUCCGGCGCCGUGUGUCGCGCGCGAGAACCGGCACGCGAUGGCGCGCGCCCUGUACGCGCGCACUUUCGCGCCACUUCACAAAGCAAGUCGUUGCAUAAUUUUGCGCACUAACACUCGGCUUUCCAAAGUGGCUCCGGCGCCGUGUGUCGCGCGCGAGAACCGGCACGCGAUGGCGCGCGCCCUGUACGCGCGCACUUUCGCGUGGCUAGUGAGGCACGUGAACAGCUGCUCGGCGCCGGGCCGAGAGGCGGCGCGCGCGCUCGGCGUGCUCGACAUAUUCGGCUUCGAGAACUUCGCGACCAACUCGCUCGAGCAGCUCUGCAUCAACUACGCGAACGAGAAGCUGCACAUGUUCUUCAACAACUACGUGUUCGCGCUCGAGCAGGAGAUCUAUCGACAGGAGGGUAUCAUUUACAAUCAAAUACAAUUCACGGACAAUGCCGCCUGUUUGGAGCUGUUAGAGAAACCGCCGCGGAGCUUGCUAAAGUUACUGAGCGAGCAGUGCCAUAUGCCAAAGGGCUGCGACGGCGCGUACCUGACCAACAUCCAGGGCGAGUUCGGCGACCACCAGAGCUUCGUGAAGGGCUCCCGCAGGAGGUGGGAGGAGGAGUUCGGCGUGCAGCACUACGCGGGCACCGUCACCUACAGCGUGCACGGUUUCGUGGACAAGAACAGGGACACCCAACAGGACGCCUUCAUAGACCACCUCAGCCGCUCGGCGAAUCCCUUCGUCAGAGAGCUGGCGGAUUAUUCCCAGGACCUGGCGCCUCCCGGACACGAUUUAACGCUUUCAAGCCCGGGUGCAACAAGUACGACGCAGCGAGGUACGUCGAAGGGUCGACCUACCGUUGUCGAUACGUUCCGAGCUCAGCUACAGUCAUUAGUUGAUAUGCUUCAAGCUACCGAUGUUUGGUACGUGCGCUGCAUAAAGCCGAACGAGAACAAGGAGGCGGGCAAGUACAGCGAGCAGCUGGUGCUGGAGCAGCUGCGCUACCUCGGCAUGAACGAGAUAGUGCGCAUCCGCCGCGACGGCUACCCCGUGCACCUACCCGCGCCUCUGUUCCAGGCGCGCUACCGCUGCCUGCUGCCCCACCCCAGGCCAAGGCGGCCGGACAUCUCAGCAAUCACAUCAUUGGUGAACGCGCCCGAGAGCGACUGGCAGAUUGGGCACACGAAGAUAUUCAUGCGAAGUUCGGUGCACUCGCCACUGGAAGCCAAAAGGACAGCCCUUCUGCAAGCCUCCGCACUUCUCAUACAGAAAUGGUACAAGGGCAGCGUGCAGCGGCGCCAGUACGCGCAGCUGCACGGCGCCGCGGUGGUGCUGCAGUCGGCGUGGCGCGGCUGGAAGGAGCGCGCGUGCUUCCUGCGGCUGCGGCGCGCGGCGCUCACGCUGCAGCGGCACCUGCGCGGCGCGUUCGCCCGCGAGGUGGCCGCCGCGUUGCGCGAGAUGCGCCGCGUCAACGACGAGAUGAAGCUGCGCGAGGAGAGGAACAGCCUCGCGGAGAAGGUGAACAUGGAACGGGCCGAGUUGGAGACGAUGGCGGACCAGCUGCGCGGCCUCUCGUGCCCCGGCGGCGGCAGAGCGGAGUCCGUGAACCUGGACAACCUGUUCGACUUCCUGGCCGACGUGCCCGCGCAGAGGGGCGCGCCCGACGGCCAGCCCGCCCACCAGCCCACCAUCGCGGAGAUCGGCGACUCCAUGGAGCGCCUGGCUGACGACCUGCACCAAGAGUUGGAGCACGUGCUGGCAGCGGAGAUGAACGAACUGAGCAAAUCGCACACGGAGGCGCAGCGGAAGCCCGACGGGGCGCCCUCCGACGACAUCCCGCCCCCUCCGCCCUCCUCCCUCCCCCUCCACUCCAUACUGCAGCCCGCGACCCCGGCUCCCAGCAUGACGUCGUCGAUGACGAACGGCAUGACGUCAUCGCUCACGAACGGCAUGACGUCAUCGCUCACGAACGGCUCGCUGCAGUCGAACGGCGACGCGAUGACGUCAUCGCUUAUACUCCCCCCUCCGCCGCCGAUGGAGCCGCCGAUAGACGAGUCGCCAGUUUUCCCCUCACCGCCCACCACGUGCUCGCUGCCGGAACCGGCGGGUCCGCCCCCACCGCCGCCAGCCGUCAAAGAUACGACGCCACCUGAGCUCACGAACGGAAUAAUUCCGAAUGGCAAGCUCUCGGUAGUCAAUGGGAAGGAGCCGAUAUACGAAUCGGUAAUUCCCCGUCCACCGGUUAGCGACCCCCCCACCACCACACCGCCGCCACCGCCGCUUUUACCACCGGAGAAUAACGGGUUUGCUGGUAAAGAAACGGACGCGGAGAAUUUCGAGGAGCCCCUCCCGCCGGCUCCGAGCGCUGUGACGUCACCGGACAACACGUCAUCGGCUUCGGCCGCCAUCCCAAUGGACACGUGCAUCAGCCCACCGCCGACGAUGAACGGUGACUCAAAUAGCACAGAACGCAACGCGCGCCGCAAGGAGCGCGUCGAGCGUCGCCUGCACCAGAUGGAGGCGGCGUCGCCCCCCAACAGCGCGCCCCCCACCACCCCGCCCGCGGACGCCACCGACCUCGCCGAGUUCGCCAAGCUCUACUUCAACGACCACCCGCGCUCGCCCGAAGGAACCAUAAUCGCGACGUUGACGCGGAAGAGCAAAUCGAUGGAGCUGCUGACGAAAGAGGAAAUGAUAACCUAUCAUAAGGGCAACAAUAUCCCGACUUCGCACAUUCAGCUCCACGACCCGGACAGCGUCACGGCUGCAGUCAACAUUUUUCGGGACCUGUGCCGGUACAUGAGGGGUGAAUUGACUACGGAAAAGGAGACGCAAGUGAUCCAGUCGGUGAUCGGCAAAGGACUUGAAAGGGAGGAGUUGAGAGAUGAAAUAAUCAUCCAAUGCGUUAGACAGCUGACCGAGUGCCCAGUGGAGGAGUGGGCGGAGCGCGUGUGGCUGGUGCUGUGCCUGUGCGCGGUGGCGUGGCAGCCGAGCCGCGGCCUGGCGCGCUACUACUGCGCCUGGCUGCGGACGCGCGCCCGGGCGGCGCCGAGCGCGCCUCGCGCCGCCCACUGCGCGCAGUGGUGCCUCGACAACUGCCGCGGCGCCGCGCCCCGCCUGCUGCCGCCCAGCACCGUAGAGAUCGCGGCGAUGCGGCGCCUCGGCACGAUCGUGUGCCGCUUCUUCUUCCUGGACGGGCGCACGAAGGCGAUCGACGUGCACCCGGCGGACACGGCGGCCGCGGCGGCGGCGCGCCUCGCCGACAAGCUGGGCCUGGCGCCGCACGCGCGCGCCGGCUGGGCCGUCUACCAGCAGCGCGCCAACAAGGAGGACCACGUGCGCGCCGCCCACUACCUCUACGACGUCAUCGCCGCCUGGGAGAUGCAGCAAGGUCCUGGCGGGGGAUCCGCAGACAAUCGCUUCGUAUUCAAACGGCGACUUUUCCGCGGUGGUCGGGAACUGCCCCACGAUCCCGUUGAAGUAGCCUUGCUAUACGCACAGGCAGUCCACAGUGUAGUAAAGCUGGACGAGUUCCCCGUGUCGGAGAAGGUGGCGCUGCAGCUGGCCGGGCUGCAGGCGCAGGUGUCCCUCGGGGAGCCGCCGCCGAGCCCGGCGCCGCCGCACACGCGCGCCUACUACUCCCACCCGGAGCAGUUCUUGCCGCAGCGGAUCGCGCGCGCCCGCCCCGCCCACCAGUGGCAGGCCACAAUCCUGGCGCAGGCGCAUCGCCAGUACGGCGCUGGGCGCGCUGAGCUCACCGCCAAAGCUCUGUACCUAUCUUGCGUGAUGCAGUACCCCCUCUACGGAGUCACGCUGUUCCCAGUCACCUACAAGGGGUAUUGGGCCCACGGGCCGAACGUCCUACUUGGUGUGGGGGCGGAAGGCGUGGUGCUAGUCCGGCCGGCGGAUAAAGUGGUAUUAGCCGAAUACCCGUACUCAAACAUUGCUGCGCUGCUUAUGGACCCAGUGGACAACGGGCUCACCAUCAGCCUGACCCACCACGGUCAGCACGACGGGCUGAGGUGCAUAGUGCUCGAGUCGCCGCAGAAGCAGGAGGCCGCCUGGCUGAUGGCCGCGUACAGCCCGACGCUGGCGAACGGGCUCGCGGAGGAGCCGCCGAGGCGUGCGGCGCCGGCGGGCGAGCGCGCGCGACUGGCGGCCGCGCUGCGCUCGGCGCGGCGCGCGCUCGUCGACUCGGGCCUGCUGCGCCGCCCCACCGACCUCUCCGCGGGCGGCUUCCUCAGGAACACCUUGCGGAGGCUAAGCAAGCACAGAUUGGAGAGGGUGCGUCUCGACACGGCGACAGAAUCGCAAGGCGAGAGCUACAAGGGAUUCCCCUCCGGCUAUUGGUGCUGGGCGCGCUCGCUGCCCCACAGCCUCACGAAGCUCAACGAGGCCGAAGAGGUGGCUGCCAUGCAGAUAUUCAAGGACAUAAUGAGCCACGCCGGGCUGAACGCGUCCGAGGGCAGCACCGGCAACCUGGCCAACAACAACAGCACCGGCAGCCACGAGGGCGACGGCGACGACCGCGUGGCGCUCGCCCAGGCGCUGCUGCAGCGCUGCCUGCAGAAGGACACGUUGCUCUGCGAGCUCUACAUGCAGCUCAUCAAGCAGACCACGGAGCACCCGGAGCCGUCGUCGCGCGUGUCUGCGCGCCACUGGGCGCUGCUGUGCGCGGCCGUCGGCGCCGCGCUGCCGCCCGCCAAGCCGCUGCGGCGGCUGCUGCUCGCGCACCUGCGCUACCGCGGCACCGCGCUGCACGCCGGCGAGGAGGGCAAGUUCGCGAGGCGCGCCGAGCAGGUGGCCCUGAGCAUUGCUCAGGUCGGGCGUCGGGGCAGCGCGCCCUCUCGCGAGGAGCUGCUCUGCGCCGCUGCGAGGCGGCCGAUGCACGUGCGCGUGUUGCUGCUCGACGGGAAACAGCACGGGCUGGUGUUCGGGCCGGCCGCCACCGCCGACCACCUGGUCGCGAUGCUGCGCGACAAGAUCGGCCUCACUGACGCCGCGACAGGCUACGCGUUGUACGAGGUUUGCGCAAACUCGACGCCAGCGGGCGCUGGGGAGCGCGCCUUAGCAGGCAGCGAGCGAGUGGGCGAUGUCUUAGCGCGCUGGGAGAAGGCUGGAGCCACCGCCGCCUCUUGCAGGCUCGUGUUCAAGAAGCGCCUGUUCCUGGGCGAGAGGCCGCUGCACACGUCGUGCGUGGCCGAGAUGGAGCUGCUCUACUACCAAGUGCUGCACGCGAUACGCCACGACCGCCUCCCCAUAGAGACCGAUGAAGCCCCCCCCAGAGGGUCUGCAGAGCCUCAGUGUAUGUGCGCCGCGCGGCUUCGUAACGACGCGACGACUAACGUGUUUGCUCCGCCGGCGCAGGUGAUGGUGGCGGCGCUGCACGCGCAGGUGGUGGGCGGCGAGUGCGGCGGCGAGGGCGGCGGCGAGGAAUGGGCGGCGGCGGCGCGCGGCGUGCUGCCCGCCCGGCUGGCGCCGCCCGCGCUGCCCGCGCCCGCCGUGCGCCUGCACCACCUGGCGCUGCGCGGCACCGCGCCCCACGCCGCCAUGCAGCGCGCGCUCACGCUCGCCGCCUCCUGGCCGCUGGCGCGCGCCACCGUCUUCGACGUCAUGGUACCCCGCCCGCCUCCGCUCUUGGCU